CAAGCAGCACCAACUAAGAGUCACUAUAAUUUAGUAAAAGGAGUGGUUGACGUUCUACUAGAUGCUGGACAUGAGGUGACGAUGGUAACGCCUUUCCCGGAUAAAAAAGAAACAGGCAACCUUAACUUUGUCGAUAUCAGCGAAGUUAUAGCGAUGCUGGAAAUCAUAGACCUAAAAGACUAUGAGAACUUUGAUAUACGAAUGGUAAUAGAGAUGGGUAGGAAAAUGUCUACGACUAUUGCUGCUAAUCCUGAUGUGAGAAAUGUUUUAAUCAACACACAAUUCGAUGCCGUCAUUACUGAGUGGUUCUUCUCGGAUAUCGAAGCUGGAUAUGCAGCAGUGCAACAAGUCCCAUGGAUAGUGCUUAACAGUGCUCCAUUGACUCCUCACUUCGAAAACCUGGUGGACACCGUUAGGUCUAUCCCUACAGUACCCGUCAUGUUGAACGAUGCAUCUGUGCCCAUGAGUUUCUGGGAACGUGUGAAGAAUACGUUAUUUUACAGCUUGAUGUCAAUCGAUACUGCGAAAAGGUUCUCAAUCAGCGAAUCAGAUUACGAAAUGCUGUUUAAACCAAUAGCGGAAUACCGAGGCGUAUCUCUUCCCACUUACUAUGAAGCAUUGCACAACAUAUCAAUACUCUUUGUCAAUGGACAUCCAGCGUAUGAGCCAGUCAAAAGCAUGCCACCGAAUGUCGUAGAUAUAGCUGGGUACCAUAUUUCUGAAGCACUACCGGCUUUACCAAAGGAUCUACAGGAACUUCUAGACUCGGCUAAGAACGGAGUUAUCUACUUCAGCAUGGGAACAGCCUUUAAGUCAACAAUGUUUCCUAACCAAACAAAAGCAGAGUUAGUCAAACUUUUCGGCAAGCUUCCCUACACCGUACUUUGGAAAUUCGAAGAACAAUUGGAAAACUUACCAAACAAUCUUCACAUUAAACCUUGGAUGCCGCAAUCGGCUAUACUAGCACAUCCAAACCUAAAAGUGUUCAUCACACACGGCGGGUUGCUCAGCAAGCUAGAGUCGCUUCACCACGGAGUGCCCACAGUCAAUGUACCAGUUUUUGGAGACCAACCCUCAAACGCAGCCCAAUCCGAGCGGGCUGGUCAUGCUCUCAAGGUGGAACUAAAUGAUAACCUAGCAGCGAAUGUAGAAGAAGCUUUGCGAAAGAUAAUGGAUGAUGAUAGCUAUUACAAUAAAGCGAAAUAUCUUUCGGGUUUAUUUCGUAAUAGACUGGUGCCGCCUUCCAAGCUCAUACAAUACUACACAGAAAUCGCCAUCAAAACAAAAGGUGCUUACCAUCUCCGCUCCCCAGCACUCAUGUACAAGUGGUACCAGCUCUGGAUGCUAGACCAAUUAGUGUUUUUCAUGUUCAUUGUAUAUAUUAUUUACAAGAUUAUUAAAAAAGAUAUGUGUUCCGAGGAAUGUGUUUUUGAGAACAAAUAG